UAAAACCCCCAACUAAAACCCUGGGGGAGUGUGAAGGGUGACCUCGUUCUUAAGCCUCUCUUCACUGAACCCUAAUUGUUCACUCCAAAUUCACCAUCUCCAAUGGCCUCUCGCUGUCGCACCAUAUCCACACCAGCUCUCCGCCUUCUCAGAUCGCCCAGUUCCGCACCCACAUCUAUCGCCAGACACAAACCUACUUCCUUGCCUUGUCUUCGCUCCCCCCUCUCAUCUCCCACACUCCCCAGGUCGGUUUGGCGAAUGGCUUCUCUCCAGUCUCUGCUUCCGCUCCACACGGCCGUCUCGUCGUCUCGGCUCACCUCGUGCCUCGGCAUCGACUCCAAGGGUUCGAGGUCGUUGUCUCAGGAACUAGGUCUCAGCGUGCCUCGAUAAGAAAGACACUGAUAGUGAAGAAAGGCGGAUGAUUUUGUUUAUGAGACUCCCGACCACUCUUCUUCGCAGAUGUCCAUCUUUAACAGUUGAAUAAAUGUUGGAAUUUUUGAUAAUCUGGAAUCUUGGCUGGCCGGAAAAUUUGAAAUUUUGCUUCUCCGGCCAUGGAUAUUAUUAUAUUGUAACCGGUAACAGUUUAUGGUAAGUUCUCAUGAAACGUUGAAACUUGAAACUCUCUCAGUGAUGCGUGGUUACACUAUGCUAUGCUAUCGCUACCUCUUUUCUAGGCAACAUAAGAAAGUGCGGGAGAUAUUGAUUAGAUAAGAUAUGGACAUUGUCUCCCAUCCCAUCCCUUUGCUUCUUGCCCCAAAAGGAGGGGUUAUUCAUAUUUGAGACUCUUGUCAUAUAAUUAUGUUUGGACUGAUUAUUUGUU